AUGAAAUACAAUCUUUUUUUUGAUGGGCGCUAUAUAUGCGGUUAUGAGGCUGCUUACCGUAUCUUUGGCUUCAACAUACACUAUAGAUCAUUGGCUGUGGAGAGACUGUCAUUUCAUCUUGAGGGCAACAAGUAUUGUACAUUUAGAUCAAAUGAGCCCAUAGAAAAAAUUGCUGAAAGAGAGGAAGAAAAGUAUACCCAACUGGAAGCAUACUUUUUUCUCAAUGAAACAGAUGCAAAUGCAAGACAGUUUCUUUACGACGAAAUACCCCAGCACUAUGUGUGGAAUGAUGCUGAUAGAUUGUGGACACCACGUAAGAGAGGGAAGAAAAUUGGUAGACUGGCGUAUACACAUCACUCCAGUGGUGAAUUGUGGUAUCUUCGUCUACUUUUGACCAAAGUACGCGUUGCAACAUCUUUCAAUGCAUUGAAAACAGUCAAAGGUAAAUUGCAUGAUACCUACCAAGAGGCAUGUAAGGAGUAUGGCCUACUUGAUGAUGAUAAUGAAUGGGACGAAGUUCUUCAAGAAUGUGUAGAGUCAGAGAUUCACACUCUACUUAAAAGCAUUGGGAAAUCUCUUAAAGAUUACAGCCAGAUGCCUCAACCACCUUCCACCUAUCUCGAUUGUGGUAUAAAUAAUUUAAUCAUCGAAGAAACAAGUUACGACACUACUGAAAUGCAGAAUGAAUUUGAUGAUCUCUAUUCUAAUUGUAAUACAGAACAACUAAAAGUAUUUGAUUCGGUGAUGGAUUCAAUAGAUAAAAAAGAAGGAGGCGUGUUUUUUGUAUAUGGCAGCGGUGGGUGUGGAAAGACAUACCUAUGGCGAACUCUGAUUUCAAGAUUAAGGUCUGAAAAGAAGAUUGUACUUCCUGUUGCUUCUUCAGGUAUUACGGCUACUCUGAUGCCGGGUGGACGUACCGCACACACAAGAUUUAAAAUCCCUAUCGUUCUAGAUGACCAUUCAAUGUGUUCAAUCUCUCAUACCUCUGACAUAGCCGAAUUGAUCAAGAGGACUGAGCUCAUUAUUUGGGACGAGGCACCCAUGCAACACCGAUACUCUUUUGAAUGCUUAGACCGUUCUUUGAAAGAUAUCAUGAAAGCAGUAGAUCCAAAAAGGUUUAACUUGCCUUUUGGUGGGAUUACAGUUGUUUUUGGCGGCGAUUUUCGCCAAAUACUCCCGGUAAUACCAAGAUCAGGGCAUGGUGAAGUUGUGGCUUCAUGUAUCACCAAUUCAAAGAUUUGGAGGAUAGCUACUGUUUUCAAGUUGGUGCAUAAUAUGCGAUUGAACAAAGGAAGAAAUCAGGAAGAGGUACAAGCAUUAACAACUUUUGCAAAAUGGGUUCUUGAUGUUGGAGAUGGUAAUAUUCCAAGAUGUACACAAUCAGGUUCUGAGGACAACGAAGAUGAUAUAAGCAUUCCUCUGGAGUUCUGUAACAUGGAAUAUCCAAAUAGUGUGGAUGAGAUGAUUAAAAGUACAUACCCUCAUUUCAUGGAGAAUUAUCAGAAUCCUGAUUAG